GACUAGGUUGUGUUGCUGUAUGCACUACCUACCUGUCCAACAGCUCUCGUCAUGGAAGUCAAGUCUGCGACCAUGUCGCGACAACCAUUCCUCGAGAUGCCGUUGCAUCUGCUUAGGAUAGUUCUGUCGGAUCUUGACUGUAUGGAUUCGCUGGCCGCUGCAAUCCUUAGCCAUUCCUCAUUCUAUGUUGCCUUUAGCGAGGACUCUACCAACAUUAUUUCCCGUAUUCUUGGGAAUCAAAUACCUGUGGACCUGUUGCCUUACUCGAUCGCCGUGUAUGAAGCUACUCGGAUAGAUCAUUGUAAUUCAGAUCACAUUAUGAAAUUAUUGCUUCGUUUCUUCUCCGAGAUAUCUCCGCCUUCCCAGGACGUGCUUCGACUCGAGCACCUGGAGCCAGCAGCCGCGAAAGUUAUCAGCAAAACACACAGCAUUGUUGAGCACUUUUCACACGACUUCGUGAAAAAAACUCUACCACUCACCCGAAACAAACUUGGCCUCUACCGUCCAGACUAUAGCCAAGCCUCCGCAGGCGAGGUCUUUCGAAUACGCCGCGCCCUCUACCGUUUCCAACUGUACUGCAACCUACAGGCAGGCGGGAAGCAGAGAGACACAUCAUCUCUCUACCAGCAAUAUUUCUUCUUUGGCCUCUUCUCCCCGUGGGUGAAUGAGCAGCUCGCCUGCAUCCAUGACUACCUCGAGCAAGUCCUAUCUUCCGCCUUCGACAAAGUUGCUGCUCACGACGUCGAAUGGGGUGCCAGGUCAGUCAACUGGCUCCUGCGGGGGAGGCACAACGAGUAUAAGCAGGGAUUCCUCUCAUACGGCCUUGAUUUCCUCUUCAAGCUCAGCCACGUCGCCCAAAGCUACGACGAGCGGCUGCAAAUCCUAGAGGCCGAAGACCUGCCCAAUACUAAGAAUAUGCUGGCCGCUCACUUCAAGAGAGCCACAAUAGUGGAGGACCCGGUCUACUAUCCAAAGUAUUUUGCCGUCCUCGGGCAGUGGGGAACCGACGACCUCGAGCUCCUGAGGAAUCCAAAGACAGACGGUCCGAUCGACGACAGCAGUUCCGGCCCGUUCCGAAUGUGGCACGAAGCCCACAAGGAGUGCUAUGUGUACGGCGUGGUGUAUGCAGAGGAGCACUCGCGCUUGAGGCGGUGCGGGUACGUCUUGUGGGAUGCUCCAGAGCGGCCCAUCGAGGGCGGGCUCCGAGAUCGCUUGCACGAAGCACGCAGGCAGAGAUUAAUAGACCACUUAGAGCUCAGCGAGGCCGGGGAGCAGAUGCGACGGUCUUGGGAGGAGAGGGCCGAGAUAUACCGGCGCGGUGGGCGCGGCUUCUGGAGCGAGGGUGACUUGAGCGGGAUCGUUUGGAGUGAAGCAGCCUCUUAGGUGCAGGCAAUAUCUGUGUACAAUUCGAUAGACUUAGACAUGUCCUGACAAAUAUGUAAUAGUUAAUACAUCUGCCUAUAUCUCUUCCUGGUUAUCCUGUUGAAAAUAUCUUGGCAUUACCUGCUAAGAAGCACCACUUGGUGCUCCAAGUUGCCUCGAAGGGUCUAGCCAUGAGGAUUCGCAGUUGAGGUCAUCAUGAUGUCCCCUAGUUCGAAGUUGACCAAAGAACUUUGUCAGUCACUUGAUCGAAAAAUCCGGGAAGUCCAACCGUCACAGAUUUAAGUUGGCAAUGCAUCAUCAGGACCCCUUUUUG